UUGUGGCCAUUCAAAAAGGUUAUCGCCAUGGGACUGACUUCUUCCUCAAGGAGGAAGAAUGGCAAGCUAGUAUUAAUAUUUCUGCAAAAGAUUUUGCUGAGAAUGGGUCAGUGGUUGUUGGGUGUGUGUACAAAGAUCUCCAUGAAUUACUGCUGAGAAACAAAUCCAUCCGGAAAGAAACUGAUGGUCCAAGGUACGUGAACACUAAGAUAGUGACAGCAGCUAUGAAUCCCAAGCCCGAACAACUACGGCAAGAUGUCAUCUUGAGGUUUAAAAACCUGGAGGUUGUUGACAAAAUAAAGCAUUGCGUGUUUUGGAGUGGCUUCAAAAUAAGUCCAGACGGGUUUUCAGAGAAGGGUUGUUAUGUGGAUCCAUCGAAUAGCAAUUCCGAAGAGACAGUUUGCAGCUGCAGUCAUUUGACUCAUUUUGCUGUCUUAGUGGACUUCAGCGGUGGCACAAAGCUCUCCACCAAGGACAUAACUAUUCUGGAGAUCAUCACGUACGUGGGAUUGAGCCUUUCUAUUAUCGGAAUGCUAUGGACAAUAACUCUGUAUUUUUUCCUCACAGAUGUCCGUCAACCUCUGUCUCAAAUACGCUUAAGCCUUGCCGUGGCUUUAGGAGCUGGACAAAUAAUAUUUCUUACUGGAAUAAAUGCCACAGAAAACAAGGUGGGCAGCUUUUCUGUUUUGUAGAAUAUAUUC